AUGGCCCCGCGCCCUAUUUCACCCCGACUUAUUCGCGAGAGGCCCCUGUCCAAUGUUAACCCUCCUGGAUACUCUGGCAGGCCACACGAGUUUCCACAGCAGGACGUCCCCGAGCCUCGGGACCCCAAUUUCCGCCCGCGGGAUCUCGAUCGAUACCCACCAAAAGAGCAUCGAGAGCAACGCGAGCAACGCGAGCAACGCGAGCCUUACUCUCGCGGCUUGCGUCUGGAGGAGCCAGUGUCCCAUGCCUAUGAAGUCCACCCAGCCCUCACACCCCGACAUGAACCACUUUCCCCUGCCCGUGAGGCCUACCCCCGCCAUUAUACUAGAGAUGGCCAAUUUGUUGAUCGUCCCUCGCGUGCCUGGGAUCAUGAGAUUGAAGCACCGAACCCACAUGAAGAAUUACGAGACGGCCGAAAUAUAGAACAGGAUACCCGUCGAGGCCAGAGAGAGGUUGUGUCCGAUACCGAGUACUGA